AUGAUUAAAAAUAUAUUAAACCAAUUUAUUAAACUGUUUGGACAAGAAUAUUUAGGAGAAUGGGAUCCUAUAAAAAAUUUGACUGUCAAUUCGGUUACAUCUCCGGAGGUUCUUUUGACAAAUGUGCCAUUUCCGGAAAAACUUUUUGAAUUAGCAGAAUUACCUUUUGAGAUAAUUUAUUCGAAUAUAAAAAAUUUACGAAUAAAAUUUUUAUGGUCAUCUAUUUUCUCAAAUAGUAUUAGCCCUAUUAAUAUUUAUGCAGAUGAUUGUUUUAUAGUUAUAAAAUAUUCUUAUCCCAGUUUAUGGGAUACAGACAAAAUUAUGAACCAUCAGUAUAAACAAAAAAUUAAAAAAUUACAAAAAUGGAACAUUAUAAAUAUAUUAAAAGAUAAAAAAGAAGAUAGCUUUCUAAAAUCUCUACCUGUCAAAUUAGUCAACUCAUUAAGAAUAUUAGUGGAAAAUAUUCGAGUAGUAUUUUUUGAUAAUUAUAUACAUAGAAAUCCAUUUACCUUGGAAAUUUUUAUUAAAAGUUUUAAAAUUGAUGAGUUAAAUAAAUACAAAGUAAAACUGACUGAAGAAGAAAAAAAAAAUAUCAAAAAAAACUUAUUAAUAAAUAUAUGGAUAAGAUUAAUAGGAUUACAAAUCAUUUUUAAGGAAUACAAAAAAUCUAUUAAAUAUAGGAAACAACGAAAAAAGACAAAUCAGAAUAAUAUACAUAAUACGAAAUUUAUCAAAAGAAUUACCAAAGGGAAAAUUAAAGGUAUGCAACGAAUUUAUGAUCUUUUUUUGACAGCAAACGAGGAUAAAAUGGAUGGGAGUACAAAUUCAGUUAGAAAUUCAGUGAUACCCAAAUUAAAAAGAAAAAAAACUAACUUAAUUGAUGAGGAUGGAGUGGUUAAAUAUUUAUCCUUUAGUGACUAUGAUAUUGAUGACAGGAUAAAGGAAGGGUAUAUUAAAAAAAAAGUGAAAAAAAAUAAAUUUGAUUUCAAUAAUUAUAAUAAAGAAAAGGGUGAAAAUGUGGAAAACAAAGAUAAAGAAUUUGAAAUAAAGAAAAAUAUACCAUCUAAAAUAUUAGAUGAAAGACAAAAAAAGCGUAAAUUAAAGAAAGCAGAUUAUAAUUUUGAAAUUCCUAAGCAUAAUUCAGGUUUUCGAAUUACACCGAAUAAUGGAUUAGACUUACAUGUUAUAUUUAAGAAGUAUGAUAUAAAAGCUUUAAAUGGAUUGAAAGGUGAUUUAAAAUGUUUUAAAAAUGUUGAAUUGUCAUUUUUAAAUCAUAACAAAGAUAAUAAUGUAAAUAAUGAUAAUUAUUAUUAUAAAAAUGAUGAUGAAUAUAUUAAUCAAUCACUUUUUUGUUAUAAUUGUACAUCUAAUAAUACUAAUAUGAAUCCAAUCAUUGAUAAUAAUAUGAAUACGCUACUUUCUAAUAAUAAUGUUGACACAGAAAAAUAUUAUAACAAAUAUAAUUAUAUAGAUAAAUCAGAUUUAUUAGACUAUGAUAAAAUAAUGGAAAGAAGUUUUAUGAAUGAUACUCCGCCAAUGUUUAGUAAUAUUAAUACACAUCAAAGCUUAGACAUAUGCUUUACUUCAUCUUCUUUAGAUGCAUUUUAUAAUUUUAUAAAAUAUAUAGAAUUAUGGUUUUUGUAUAAAGGCGGUUGUACAAAAGUUUUGAACAUCGUUCCAUCAAUAGAAGAUUGUAUAAAAUAUUCAGAAUAUCGAAAAAUGCAAAAGAAUAAGAAUUACAAAGAUGAUGAGUAUAUUGAAAAAUUUAUUGAAAAGUUUGAAGCAUCCUGUCCUAUACAUUUAUUAAUAAAAUUGAAAGUUUUAUCAAAUGAUAGUAUAUAUGAUAAUGAAUAUUUUAAUAAUAAUGAAAAAUUUGGAAAAAGAGAAUGGAAGAAAUUGCUAUAUAAUUUUAUAAAAAAUAAAAAAGUAAACUCAUCUAUAAUUGAUGAAAAUUUAGAGAAACAAUGCAAAUGGUUUUCUCAUGAUAUGCUAUUUAAUUUAGUUAUACCUAAAAUAAAUUUUACAUAUGUUCCAAUAAAAUUUAAUCAUUUUAACGAUUCUAAAAUUAAAUUAAAUAAAUGUUUAUUAUCUUAUAAUAUAAACUGCUCAUUUUUAAUGAAACAAGAAAAAUGGUCUACAUUAAAAAAAAAGCAAAGUUUUUAUUUGCAUGAUUUAAACAUACAAUCUUUAUUUUCAUAUAUUGCAAAAGCAUCGACAAAAAGAAAAAAUUUUAUUAGCUACAAUAAAAAAAAAAAGUAUACUUAUUUUUUUAUUAAAAAGUUACCUAUUAUUAAUUAUUGCUUAUAUAAUGAGCCAACUUAUAGUUACUCGAAUUUUUACACUGUCUGCAACGAUCACGUAAAAAAAAAUCACAGUAUUGACAAUAAUAGUAGCAAUGACAUAUCAUUUCCAUAUAAUAAAUAUACAAAAGACGGUGAAAUAGGCAAUGAAAAAAAUAUAGAAUAUAUGAUGGAUUUUAUAGGUAAAGAAUAUGCACAUAAAGAUGGUAAAAAUCAUCAUAGUAUUGCAAAGAAUGGUAUAAUCAUAGACAAAGAUAGAUUUAUAGAUAAUGAGUUUCGAGCUAUUGAUAAUUUAUUUGGUGAAAAUGAUAACCAAGACAAUUUUGAAAAUAUAGAUUUAACUUCAAGCUCAUCAUUGGAUACUAUAAAUGAGUCAAAUCAAAACACAUGCAUGGGAAAUAUUAAAAAAUAUUCCAUAUGUAAUAAAUUGGAAAAUCAAGAAAAUGAUUUACAUAAUAUUAAUGAAUCAGAAAAUUUAGAAAAUAAUGGUGUAGAAAGCAUGAAAGUGUCUAGAACGGAAAAUUUGGACGUGACGACAGAUCAAGGGGUUGAGAACAGUAUAAACAAAUAUGUUCCCCCUAUAAAUGAUAAUACUCAAAGAAAUAGUGACACUAAUAAGAAUGGGAGAAGAAGUUUUUGGAAAUUUAUUUUACGAAAUAGUAGCAAAAUAAAAAAAACAACGAGUGAAAAUAUCAAAGAUGAGAAGGAAGAUAUAAUCGAUGAUAAAAAUUUCGAUCGAAUUAUUAACAAUGAGGUUUUCUUAAUUCCAAAUGCAACUAUUAUCAUGUUAAAAGAUUAUAGUAAUAAUAUAAGAGAAAUAGAUAUACAUAUUUGUAAAUAUGUAAUAAAUUUAAAUAAUUUAUUACCGAUUCUUAAUUUUAUUCCUAAUAGUAAUGUUUGUUUAGAACGUUUUUUAAAAUGUGAUAAUUACAUUGAUAAAGAUGUGAUCGAAACUAUUUGUCUAUGCAUAAGUGGUAGCUCUAAUAAGAAGAAAAUUAUCCGUGCCUUUUAUAAUGAGAUGAAAUUAUAUUAUGUGCACAACUCUUAUAUUCAAAAUGAAAUAGUUACUUUAAAAAAAUAUAUUAAAAAAGCAAAGAAGAAAAAAAAAUUUACUAAAAUUUAUAGUCAGGAGAAUUUUAUUGAGCAUGAUGAAAUUGUUGAUCCAUUUAAAUCUAUAGAUGAAAGAAAUGAAAUUAUGCUCUCAAAAAAUAAAACAAAAGACAGAGAACAUAAGAAAGGCAAAUAUUCUGAAACGUUUUCACUUCGUAAAUUACAUACUUUGAAUAUACAGGAAAAUGAGAAUAACAAUUUUGAUAACACUAAUAGUCAGAAUAAUAACAAUUCACAUUAUGAAGAGAAGGAUAAAAAUGUUUAUAGUCCUUAUAUAUCACAUAAUUUAAAUGAAUAUCAGUCUUGUGAAAAUUCCAAUUUUCAUGCUGUAGAAUAUAUUAACAGAAAUAUUAAUGACAAAGAGUAUAAUAGACAUAUAAAGAAAAAUCUUUUUGAUAUUGAAAAUAAUGAAAAAAGAGAUAUAAUGAAUAUAAAUAAUUUAAUUUUUAAUAAUUUGUUUGUACCUCAAAAGAAUUUGUAUCAUACAAAAAUAAAUAAUACUUUUUGUUAUUUAAAAAAAAAAGAUUUCCUUUAUUCUAUCAAAAAUAAUUAUUAUAAAUUUUUAAAAAAAUAUGUUGAAUAUAAUAAAAAUCAUAUAAAAAAUAAAAAUAUAUUAUCCAUCGGAAUGUUUUUAAAUAUAAAGAAUUUUUUUGUAUUUUAUAAUAAGGACGAUUCUCUAGUAUAUUUACACACAAGUUAUAUUUAUGCCAAGCAUAUUUUUCAUUCCUCUUUUUUUGAUAAUAAAAAUUAUUGUAUUAAUAAGGAUGAUGUAGGUUAUAUUACUAAUCAAAAUAGUAAGCAGUUUGAAAAUAAGACACAUGAAAGUUCUAUUGAAAAUAUUAACAACACAGUUGAUAUUAAUGGAAAUUACAACAACAAUAAAAAUGAUGGUUAUCUAUCGGGAGAACAUGGAUACUUAAAAAGUUUUCAAGAUCAAAAAAAUAAUAAAUCUAUGUUUAUUUGCAUAAAAUCAUUAAAAAUGAAAAAAAAUUCUAAUGUUGUGUCUUUAAAAAUGAAUAGUGUCGAUUUUAACAUAAAUGAGAUAUGUGUUUCUCUAUUGAGUAUAUACAAAAAUAUUGUUUCAUUUGAAUAUUUUGAAAUAAUUAAAUUAAGAAUUAAAAUAUUUCAGAAAAUAAAACAAUUUGUAAUAGUAGGAAAUAAAAAUACGAGACAUCUAACUAUGUAUAAUAUAACAAAUGAUGUAUUAUACAAUGUUUUGAAUAAACACAUUUUUAACAAUAUUAAUAAUAUAAAAGAAGAGAAUGAAAUAAAAAGUAGCAAGAUAGAAAAUGGUGAAAAUGUUGAAAAUAAUGAAAAUCCACCAAAUAAAGAAAAAGUAAUUGAUUUAAAUAAAAAUUAUGAAAAAUAUUUAAAAAAUUUAAUUAUAAAAAUGUUAGACAAUGAAAAAACAUUAUAUAGAAAGGAAGAUUUUGAAAAAAUAUUUUAUAUGAUAUUAAGUAAAAAAAAUCAAAAAAUAAGUAAUAUAAAAAAUGAUAAUUCUCAAAAUACAAGUUCUCAAAACACAAAUGAUGAUCUUACUAACCAUAACAAUAGUGAAAAAAUGGAUAUUUCUAACAAUAAUAUAGAAAAUUUAAAUUCCUCAAGUAGUAUUAAUGACAUUAUGGAAUAUUUAUAUUCAAAUAAUAGAAAGGAUGAAGAAAGUAAAACAAGUAAUAGAUUUAUAUUGAAGAAUUUACAAACAUCUAAAUCUCUCGAAAUAGAAGAAGAUUGCCAUACUAUAAAUAAAGACAAUUCAAAUUUGGAUAGUAUUGAUUAUGAAAAUAUUGAAGACUCAUUCAAUAAUUCAGCUUAUUUUCACACAAGUACAGAUCAAUCUUCUUAUUAUUCACAUAAUGGUAGUGAUGAUUAUAAAAAAAUUAAUCAGAAUAUUGAAGAAUUAAAGGAAGACAAAAUAAUAGCACCGGUAAACAAUUGCUAUGAUAAAAAAUCUAAAUAUUUAAAUUUAAGAGAUUUAUUUAAUUUCGAUCAAAAUAUAUGUAAAAAUGAUGAAACUAAUAAUGACAAUACUGAAUUAGUUGAUGGUGAAGACCCGAUUAUUUCACCAAAUAUACCAAAACUAAGCAUACCCAAAAUGGACGUUGAAAAAAAUGCCAAAAUCGAAGAAGAAACAAAAGGAAACGAACAAAAUAACAAGCAAUCAUUAUUUUUCUUUUUAUUAAUAAAGAAAAUAAAUGUCUAUAUUCCCAAUAAAAAUGAAGGAAUGUUUCAAAUUACAUGCAAUGAAUUAUUGAGCGAAUUUUCACGAACAUGUGCAGAAAUAAAUAUGUCAAUGAAAAUGGGUUCAUUGUAUUUAUUUUAUUUAAAAACCCUUUUUAACGUAAAAAAUGAAUCAAAUAUGUUAUGCCAAUUAGCUAAAGAAAUCGAUAAUAAAAAAUGUCUAGAGACAGAAUCAUAUAUAGAAAGAAAAACGAUAAAUCAAAAUAAAUGCAAAAAAUAUGUUAUUCUCACAGACACAAUAUCCAACAUAUUAUGUGUAUCAAAAUCUAAAUUAAAAAAGAUGAACAAAGAAGAGAGAAAUAAAAUAAAGAAAGAUAUACUUAAUAAAUAUGUGUGUAUUUUAAAAAAAAAAAAAUUUAAAUUAUAUAUUGAUUAUGAGAAGAGAAAGGGGAAAAAUGCUAAUAAUACAUAUACUAACGAUAAAAAGAAUAGAGUAAUAUUGAAGCCUCAGAUACAUUUAGAUAUACAUAUAAAUAAAGAAAAUAAUCAAAAAGUGAUAAAAUUAUCUUUAAAUAAUUUUAAUUUUUUUUAUAGUUCGACAUUAUUUGUUUUGUUAUAUGAUGUAAUGAUGAAUUUAUUUUUAUGUCAUUUACAAGAAAAAGAAAAAAUGGACAUACUUAUUUAUAAAUAUGGGUCUAUUAUAAAAAAUAAUUUUUAUUCCUAUAUAUUAUCAUCUAAAAAAAAUAUAAAGUAUUAUGACGAUUAUAAUAAGAAAAGCCUUUUACAACCAUAUUUAGACACAGCAGAAAAAGGACGUUUCGAAGAUAUUCAAUGUCUUGAAAAAUGGAUUAGUAGUCAAUCAAUUAUUGAUAACUUAUGUUCUUAUAAUAGCAGCAGUGAGCAAAUUAAUGAUAUUACAUAUUUAGAUAAUGAAGAAUAUCACAAUGUUAGCUCUUUAUACAAUUUAACUAAAAAUCGAGAUUCAAAUGGAAGUAUAAUGGAUGAUACUUUUUAUUAUGAUUUACCAGAUAAUAAAAAAAAUAUAUGUAAAAAAAUAAAUUUUGAUAAUCUUGAUAAAAAAGAUGAAGAAAAGAAUAACGCAAUAGAGGAUGAAGGAUGCUUGAGUGACGAUUUGGAUCAGCUUGAAAAUGGAAAUAUGAAAGCUGGUUUAUACAAUCAGUUAUAUUAUUUAGAAAAUGGCGAAAAUAAAAUGAACAAACACAUUAAACAAAAAUAUAUAAACUCUAUAGAAGGAAAUAAUUUUCAAAGUUCAUGCAAUAAUAUGAAUAAAUCAGAAUUAAAUGGAGAUACAAAAGAAAAUACAAAUUCUAUUGACUUUAAUACUAUUGAUAGUUGUAUAUUAGAUUCAGUAAAGUAUAAUUCUAUUAAUAGCAAUGCUAAUGCUGAAGAAAGUAAUAGUUAUUUCGAACAUAAUUGUCAAUUAGGUAAAGGAAAAAAAGAAGCAAAUAAAAACUAUUAUAGCAAUCGAAAACGCUUAGAUGAGAUAUUUCAUGAAAACUUAAGGAAUAAUUAUAAUAUUUUAGGAAUAAAAAAAAAUAACGCAUUAAAAGGGUAUUAUAAAAGGAAUGAUAAUGAAAAAAUAUAUAAUCCUAAAGAAAAAAAUUCCGAUACACUUAAUAAAUACGUGGAUAGAUACAUAAAUUCUUACAACAAUAAUACCUUUGAUCAAGACAAAACAAAUAGUCAUUUGGAAGAUAAUAGUUCUAAGAUUGAAGAUAAUAAGAACAAAUCAGGAAAUGUGAAAUUAUUUGUAUGCUCAGAAAAUGUAAAUAUUUGUUAUCUUAUUAAUUUUUAUAGAUUCAAAUAUAUUUACAAAAAAAAAUAUAAACUUGGUGCAUAUAUGGAUAACUAUGUAAAUAUGAUGGAUAGUUGUUCUAACUAUUACAAAAAAAAGACACACAAAAAUAAAAAUGCAAAAACAAAUGAAGAAACAAAAGAUUAUUAUUAUGGAGAUAACAUUGAUCACAUUGCAAUAAUGAAUAAAGAUUUGUAUAAUUUAAAUUUUAACUUUUUAUUCAAAUUUGAUUACACAUUUAUUGAAAAUAAGAAGAAAGAAAUUAAAGUGUUUUUUCCAUUUUUAUACAUUUUAUUUAUGAAAAAUUUUAAUUAUGUAAUUUCUCAUUUAACAAUAGUAGAUGUAAAAAUGAAUUCAGAGCUUGAAUGUAUAGUACAUAAGGAGAAAAUUAAAAAGCCCAAAAGAAGUAGCAAACAGAAUAAACAAGAUGAUAAUGAAAAUAGUAGAGAAAAAGAAUCUGAAAAAAAAGAAGAGGAUAGGAAUAAUUUUAAUAAUUCUGCUAAUAUUUAUACAUUUGAAGAUCAAAAUUCAUUUUUGGAAAGUUUGUGUGAUAAAAAUGAUUUGAAUGAUAGUGCAAAAAUAAACAAUCAAUAUUAUUACGAAGAAGAAAAUAUGCUUACAAAUAAUUUUAUUAAUACGAAAGAUAUAGCAGAAAAAUAUAAUACUAGCAAAUUAAAUGAUUUUAUAAAUUAUAAAAGAACAAAUAAAAGAUCGCGUACUCUUAAUUUUCCAAUGAGAAAAGGUUACACAAAUAAUAACAACACUAAUGAUAAAUUUAUUAAUAAUAAUAUGUCUAUUCAUAGGCAAUAUUCAAGACAUAGAAAUAGAAACCAUACAUUAAAUCCAAUAUGCAGACAUAAAAAUAUUGACAAUAUGACAGAUAUCACACCAUAUAAUAAAGAAAAUGAAAAUAUAAAUAGUGAUAUAGAACAAGAUAAUAUGAAUCUUUUAAAAAACCACAGGAUACAUGCUGAUUCUUUAUAUAAUGAGUCUAAUUUAAAAAAUCCCAAAUCUUAUAUAAGUCGUUUAUUUAAUUAUAGCACUAAAAAUUCUAUAAUUGGUAAUGAUGAAAAGAAAUAUGAAAAUGAUCAGGAGAAUAACAUGACAAAUAAUGGUGAUAGAAAUAUACCACAGGGAAAUAAAAUAAUGAACCGUUUUAACUCGGUAAUAAAUUUUAUGAAUAAAAGUAAUAAUUCAUUUAAAGAUGUUAAUAAAAAAAGUCGAAAAAACCCUUUAAAUAUUAAUAAUUUAAAAUCGAUGGAAUAUAAGAAAGAUAGUUAUAAAGCUAAAGGACAGGAUUUAGACAAUCAAAUCGAUACAAUAAGUUUUAUGGAUAUUCAUAAUGAUGAAAAACGAAUUGAUAUAAAAAAUGAUCAAAAAGAAUCCGUAUGCUUCGGUCAACUUAGGUCUAAUUCUUAUACAUCCAUAAAUAGAGAUGUUAGAUUUUCUCCUUAUGAAGAAUAUGAUAGAUAUAAGAAAAUAUCACAAAAUAAUAACCAACCUCGCAGAAGUGUACUUAAUUUAAAUGAAAAAAUUAAGGCUAUAAAAAACAGAAGUAAAGUGAAAAAUAGUUUGAAUUUAAAAGAUAAUAAAUCCAGUGGGAUGAGCACCUAUAAUUCAUCACAAUAUAAAAAUAAUAUUAAUGAACUAAAUAAUGAUUGCGAAUAUUUUUUGAAAGACAAUGGUUUAGACAAUUUCGAUAUUAUAACAAAAGAAGUUUACAAUUGGAAUUUAUCAAACUGUGAAUUAUCGAUAUAUAAUAUAAAUUUAUUCAGCUGUAUAUAUUUGAGAAGAUUAAAAAAAAAUGGUGAAACAUUGCUAUAUCCAUUAAUAUAUAAUUAUAAGAAUUCUAAUAAUUCACACGCAGCUAAUUUUUACAACAGUUAUAGUUUUGAAAAUCAAAAUGAAUAUAAUAAUAACAGUUUGUUUGAAAAAGAAAGUCAUGGAAUAUAUAAUAAUAUAAAAAAUAUAAAUUAUAAAGAUUAUAUUAAUAACAAUUAUGUUAUUCAAAAGGAAUUGAAAUUUAUUGAUUAUAUUAAUAAAUUAUAUAACUUAGAAUGGUUUAACAAGUUUAAUGUUCAUCAUUUGCAUAAUAUUAAUAAAAUUAAUUCAAAAUUUUCUAAUUUUAUUAGUAUCAACAAAAAAUUUGGACAUAUUAAAAAAUAUAGUAAUAAAGAUUAUUUACCAAAUGAAGACAAUGAUAUAAUAUGUUGUUAUGCUCCGAUAUUCCAUAAAAAUGUUUCAUUAUCGUAUAGAAAUAUUUACAAAUUUUUAUUAUUAUCAAGAUAUUAUGAAAAUGUUUCGAAUAUAAAUAAGCUAGAAAAUAAAAUUGAAAAAUUAAAGACACUCAAAAAGGGAAAUCAAGCAGAGAGAAGCAACUCUAUUCGUACUAAAAACAAAAAAGAAAUUAUCCUAGAAAAUGAAGCAAAUAAAAUCUUUAAAAAUCAUCAAUUUACACAUUUGCCGAAUAAAAAUAAUAAUGGUAUAAAUCAUGAAAAUAAUGAUAUUCCAAUGAAAAAAAAAAAUAUAGACAAAUAUGAACAUUUAAUGACGAAAAAAAAUAUUAAAACUUCUAAAAUUGGGGAUAAUUUUUCUAAUGAUGUAAAUAAUAAUAUUUAUUAUGAUCAAUGGAAUUUUCAAAAUAAUAAUAAAUAUAAUAUUUUUAAUAAUUAUUUAAUAUAUAAAAAUGAUUUUUUAAAACACCAUUCUUGGAAAGAUAGUCAUAUUUAUUUAUCAUUAAAUGCUAUCAAUAUUGAUAAAAAAGCUAAAGAAAAUGGCAAAACAUUAAAAUUUUAUAUUAAUAUAUACUCAUCUACCAUAAAUAUAGACCCAUAUUUCUUGUCUACUUACAACUUUUAUCUGUUUAACAAUUUAAAUAAAAGUUUAAUAAUGCAUGAUAUUGAAGAAACAAAGAAAUAUUUUAAUCGAAGAUAUAAAAAAAUUAAGAAAUAUUAUAGCCAAUUUAAGGAACUAAGUAAUAAUAAUACAAAUAUAAUUGAUGAAUCAGAAUAUGGCAAACACACAUCAAACAAUUUUACAAAUACUAUGGAAGUAAAAUAUUCUCAAAAAAAUAUAACCCCUGAUUUUAUAACAAAACAAAAUAAUAGCGAUAUUGAAAAAGACAAGUUCUAUAAAGACAAAGAUUUGAUGCCAGACUUUGUUGAGAAUGACAAGCUAUACAAAUUUAUGAAUGGGCUCAGUAGAAUUUCUUCAAAAAUUAAGGAUAAAUUGAAAAAUAAUAAAAUUAUAGUUAAUAUUGAUAUAAAUAAUAUCGAUAUAAAUAUAUUAGAUUGUUCAUAUAUUUAUGACUGUAAUUACUUAUUAAUAGAAAAUGGGCAUCCAUUUUAUAAAAAUAAUUAUAUUUAUAUAUCUAAAGAACAGUAUGAAAAAAUAAAAAAAGAAAAAAAUCAUAAUUCUGUUAAUACCUUUGGCUGUAUUGAAGGUGAAAUGUUUUCAAACACAUUGAAUGAAUUAGUUUUCACAAGAUUUACAAAUUGCUAUGAUGAUAAUAGUUUUUAUGUUAUGUGCAUUAAUGAGAAAAAUGUAAAGAGAAUAUCUGUCCAAUUAUCUUCUAUAGUUUUAUGUAAUAAUAUUAAUAAAUAUAAUAAUUUAAAUGAUGUAUUAAGUAUAAUAAUAUAUAAAUAUAGAAUGAAUUUUUCAACUCUUAAAUUAAACAAAAUAAAAAACCUUUCUAAAAGUUUAAAAUAUGAUUUACAAUAUAUAUUAGAAGAAAUCGAAACUGAUGAUAUGCAUAUAAAGAAAAAAAACAAAGAUCAAAAAAAAGAAAAUGGUAAAACAUAUGAUGUGUAUAGUGGUGAUACAAAUUCAUGUAGUAGUUCAGGUGUUUAUCAAGGUACUAUUCAAAAAAGAAAUAAAAUGAAAAUAAGGCAUCAAAAAAAUCGAAAAAAAAAAUUAAAUAUAAAUAAUAAAAUUAGGCGUUCAUACAGUAACAGUAUAUUUUAUAAUGACCGUCUCAAAAGUGACCAUAUAAUUGACAUGUCUGAUUUUGAUAGUAAUAACUUAAAAAAAGAUAAUGAUAAUAAUGAAAUUUAUUCUUAUUCAUCUUUGAUGUAUUCUUCCUUUGAUGAUUUUGAAGACACAGCACAUGCCUUAAAUUCUUCGAUGUCAUUUGACGAAAGCACAAAUAGGAAAAAUUACAAAAAUAAUAAAGAUUGUUUGAAUAGGUAUAUGAAAGGCAGAAGGAAAAUGUUUAAUAGAGAACGUGGCAGUUUUUCUGAUAGUAUGUGUAAAAUAAAUUAUUUAUCAAUAAAAUAUAAAAUGCUAAACAAAAUUAAGGACGAAUCUAAUCAAUCUAGUAGAUCAAACGUAGUUGAUCAUUUUCAAGAUGUAAGAAAUAGUAGUAGACAACAUUUGAAAACAAAUUUAAGUAAAAAAAAAUAUAUUAAAAAGAAGAAAAAAAUAUUGAAUAACUAUAUUAAAAAAGUAUAUAAUAAGUUAACUGAAAAUAAUAGAGAUAACUUAUUUUUUUAUGAAAUUACUCAAAAUAAUAAAUGGGUUAUUAAUCUUGAGAAUGUAUUUUUUUCCUUGCCGUCAUUUAGUAAAGGUUUUAAAUUAUCAUUUUACAUAAAUAAGUUAAUUAUAUAUGAUUACAACCAAAUAAAUAUAUGCAACAAUAUUUUUCAAUAUCGUUUGUUUAUAAAGAAUGAUGCAGAAAAAGAGUAUCUCAAGUUAUGUGAUAAAAUACUAAAUAUAUACGAUUAUUUACAAAAAAAUGAUAAUACUCUUAAAGAUAAUUUUAAUAAAAAGAACUAUAUGGAAACAUUAAUGAAGGAAAUAUAUAAUAAUCAACUUUACAUAAUAGGAAAUGAAAAUUAUAAAAGUGCUAAUUUAAAUAUAAAUGUGAAAAAUACUAGAUUUACAUUACAUAAUAAAACAAUUAUGAAUUUAAUAAAUUAUUUUACAGAAAUGAUAAGUAGUGUUUUUUCCUUUUUAUAUGUUUAUGUAAUAUAUCCAGAAGUCUAUAUAUCCGAUUUAAUAGAAAUUGCAUCAGGUAUUAAUGUAGACAAUUUUCAAAAGGGAUUAUUGUUAUAUAACAAUUUAUUACGUAAUUAUAUCAGUGUAUCUAAAAACAAACAGAUUAAGAAUAAUAAUAAAUUUGAUUUCUUUUAUAUGAAUUUUAUCAAUAAUGAUAAUAUUGAUGCUCAUAGUAGUGAUAUUAGUCAAAAUGAUUAUAUUACUCCCGAUCAAAAGAGGAAAUCAAAUAAUUAUUUACCACAUAAAUCACAGGAAAGUGAAGAAAAUAAAUUUGCUGAUAAUAAUUUAGACAAUAUAUUUAGAGAAGAAUACAAAAAUCGAAACAAGACAAUCAAUUAUGAUAAACAUUGUAGUGGCAAUAAGAAAGAUAUUAUAGAAAUGUCUGGAAAGGAUAGUGAUAUAAAAUCACCAUCUACUAUUAAUUGGUUAUCUAAAUUUUUAUUUACUUAUAAAAAUAAAAUAAAUUAUAAAACUUUAUUCAUAAACAAGUAUGAUUGUCAAAUUAGUAACCCCAAAUACUUAAGAGAAUUGCCAGAUAAAAAUUAUUAUUUAUUAGCAUUUAUAAAUAGUAACUUAAUAUUCUUUUUAUAUUUCUAUUCUAAAUAUAAAACGGUUUUAAAUUGUUCAUCGAAUGAAAACACAUUCAAUCAUGAGUGUAAUUAUACGUACCCUAUUAAAAAGAUAGAAUUAAAUAAAUCAUUAGUUAAUAAAAAUAAAAUGUAUGAAGAAAUUUCAAAACAGCAAAAAUUUAUGAUGCCAAAAAAAUCGAAAGAAAAAUAUAAAAAUAAGUCAAAUGCAUAUUCUAAUAAUACUUAUGCUAGUAAGAAUAGUUACAAAAUUGGUAGAAAACAUAGUACAAAAGAUCAAAUAAAAGUUAACGAUUCCAAAAUAAGAGAAAAAAGAAAGAAGGAAAAGAAAAUUCAAAAAAUGGAAAAAUACAAGUCUUAUAUAAAAAAUGAUAACAGUCAUAGCACCAAUUUAUUUAAAUCGUUUAAUACAUAUAAUGCAUAUAAUAAGAAUAUAAAAUCAAAUCGACAUCGAAAUACUUUACGAAUAAAAGAAACUGACAAUUUGCACGCCUUAGAAAAAGAGGAUGAUUCUUAUGAAAUGGAUAAAGAAAACCAAAUUAAAAGUAAUAAAAAAAUAACUAUAAUGGAUAUAAACGAUGUUGAUAUUAAAAGUGAAAAAACAGAAAAUGGUAAUAGUUUAAAUAAUUUAAAAAAUAACACAGCGCAAAUAAAAUAUUCUUCUUUAGAUUAUGAAAAUCCAAAUACAAAUCAUAUAACAAAUGCAAACACAAAUGAUAGCAAAAAUGCAAAUGAAAUAAAAGUGCUGUCUAGAAAAAUAAAAACGACCUUUCAAAAAUUGUUUACUAGGAAAUUAUCGCUCCCCAAAUUAUAUAAAAAUGAAAAUGAUGAAAAAAAAAAUAAAGAUAAUAGUGUCAAUAAUAUGAUAAAAUCAAAAAAUCAAAACAAAUACUUAAAGCAUGUUAGUACAAAUACCAAAAAUGAUAGACUUAAAAAAAAUGAACAAAAUAUUUUAAAUGAUAAUUCAUUCUGCUUUACUAGUAUAGAAAAUUUUCGUAAAAAACAUAUAGAUUUAAAAAUGUCUAUAAACCAUUUUGAAGUUUGGAUAAUUCAGGAUGAUUUAUCAAAUCAUAAUGGUGAUAAAGUAAAUGGAAUAAAUAUGAAUUACUUUUUAAAAAAAAAAAAACAAAAAGAUAAAUAUUAUUCUGAUAAAUAUACAAACAAUUCAAAGUCUAUGGAAUCGAAGGAUGAAAAUGAAAAUAAUAAAAAUGUAACUGAUUUAUUACAAAAGGGUAAUUUGAAAAAAAAAAGUAAAAUAACUACCAAAUCAUAUAGUAAUAAAAAAUUGUCAGAUGACAUAGUACACAAUUCCAAUAAAUCAAAUAUUAAAUCUUUUAGUUCUAGUAACUCAGAAGAAAAUUUAAAUACUUUAAAUAUGGUAAAAUUAUAUAGGAAUAAUUUUAAUACAUAUAUGAGCAAACAUAUUAAUAGACAAGUAUUUUAUAUGGCGAAAAAAGUAAAAUUAUCUAAAAAUAAUGAUGAAAAUUUAAAUGAUAAUUCAGUAUGUGAUCUUAUGGGUAAUACAAAAAGUAUUGAUUAUAAGGAAUAUGGAACAAAUACUAAUUUUUCAAAAAAUAAAAAAACAGGAAAUAUUGAAAAUCGAAAAUUUACUAGAACAUUAAGUGAUGAUAAUACAGAGAAACAUUAUAAUGGAGAUAGCAGUGAAAUUGAUGUAUCUGAUUUGUCCAAUUCAUAUGACUCUUCAUUAUUGGGAAGUGAUUAUAUAGAUGGAAAUAAAAAAUUUAAAUUAUCUUAUCUAUUAGAAAAGACGAAACAAUAUAAUAAAAAAGAAAUAAAUCUUGAUGAGUUGUUAGGAAAAGAGAAUGAAACGUCUAAAUAUUCAUUAAUAAAGAAAAGAAAAAUAGAAUAUUUAAAAUGGAAAAAAAAGAAAAAUAUAAAUGACAAUAAUAGAAAUAUAUGUCUAGCUUUAUUAUUUAGUACAACUAUCUAUUUUAAAGAACACAAAAACAGUGAUUCAUUAAAAUUCAGAAUAGAGCUAUAUAAUUUUAAUAUAAUGUUAGGUAAAUGUUAUAAUUUUUAUGAAAUACAUAAUAAACUAAAAUUAUAUAAAGGCAAUAAUAAUUUGAAUGUCUUUCCAUACAAUUCUAUCGCCCUUGAUUUAAAUUCUCCAAACAAAAGGAGAAUAAAAAAUAGUGUUUACAAAAAUGGGGAAUAUAUAAAUAUAGACGAUUACAACUCUGUUAAAAAAAAACUCGAAUAUGGAUUUUAUGAUAAUAGCAAUUUUUAUAAUAUAUAUUAUAACGAAAUGCAAAAUAUUAAAAUUGUAAAAAAAUAUUUAAAACGCAAAAAAGAAAUAAAGAAACAUCACAAUGGUUAUUGCAAUUACCAACAUGAUGAAGAUUAUAAUGAUAUUUAUAAGGAUGAAGUUAAUAGACUUAGAGAAAAGGAAAUGAAUUAUCAAGGGCGUGAUUUUAAAAACAAAAAAUUGUCAUUAGAAAAUAGCAAUUUCGAUUAUGGGCCAUAUCUUUCUAAUUAUAAAAAUAAUAAUAUACACAAUAAUAAAAUGAGAUACAUAAAUAAUUCUAAAAAUUCUAGCGUUAAUGAAGAUGAUAAUUAUGACAUUACACCAUUUAAAAAUUUCGAUAAAAAUGAAAUGAAAAGAAUUUCUCAAAUAAUUCCUGAUUCUUUUGGCAUGGUAAAUAAUUUGAACAAAGUAUUGUAUAAAGACAGGUAUAAUAUAUUUUUAAAUCGAAACAACAAUAUAUUUAUGCCUAAUAUUAAAGAUGAAGAUGAUUGGCUUUUAAAUAUAAACUAUGCAACAUUAAAUAUAAAUUCACAGAGGUUAAAAAAUAUAUUAAACAUAGCAUUUUAUGAUUUGCUAGUAAAUAUUACUAUAGAUGACAUAAAAGAGUUAUAUAAGCUUCAGAAAAAUUUUAUUUAUAAUAUAUACUUUGCUUCCUUUUAUAAAAAUUAUCUUGGAUUUAUUAAAAAUAUACAUAUUAAUCCAUUUACAGAUAAAAAAAACAAAUCUAUUAUUCAAAAAUCAAAUAAAAAAUUACUGAUGAAAAACCUUUAUUUGAAAAAUAUUGCAACCUUGAAUAAAUUGAACAAACAACUUGUUCACAAAAAAUUGAAGCUAAUGAAAAGGAAGAAAAUGAAAGAGGAAAAAGAAAAAAAUAAUAUCACUUCAAAAGACAAUGAUGUAACAAAUUUGUUCAAAAAUCGUGAACAAAGUAAAUAUAAUAAUGAAUACAAUAUGGUACUUGAAAGAGAUGAUAAUAAUUUACUAAAUAGGCAUGAUAAUGAUUAUGACAAUGUAGAAGAUGGUACAUAUAAUGUAAGUGCACGAAAAAAUAAAAAUGAUAAAAAAUCGAUAAUGUUUAGCAACAAUGUUGAGGCAUUCGAGGAAGGAAAAUGGAAAAAUAGUUAUGAUGAAGAUACAGAAAGAUACACAUUUAAUGGAAAUUUACACAAUUUAAUAAAAGAAAAAACAAUAUUUGUUCAUAAUAUAAAUGAUAAUAAAUAUAGUGAAGACAAAUUAAAUAUUACGUAUAAUGUUAGGAAAAAUCUUUUAGCACAAAAUUAUAACAUAUAUUUAAAAUUAGUUGAUAGUUAUAAUAAAUUACAAGAUAUAAUAGAUAUAGAAAAUAUGAAUACAAAAUACAUUGAUAUUAUUCAAAAUUUAAAAGAAAAAUAUGUUUAUAUUGAAUUGUAUAAGGAAAAGUUGUAUUAUUUAUAUAAUCAUUUAUAUGCUAUAAUUACGGAUAUCAAUAAUGAAAAAAAUAUUAUCUGUCGUGGUUUAAUUUUCUUAAAAAUGUUAAAUUGUUUUUAUACAUAUAAUAAUAAAUAUAUAGACAAUUUAUUUUAUUAUUUAUUCAUUUAUUCAAAAUAUAACAAAUUCCCAUAUUAUUUAUGUAAUAUACCAAAAUAUUUUGACUACAAAUAUUUUCGAUAUUUUACAGAUGAAAUACGUAAUACAAAUAUUUACGAAUAUAUUAAUAGCAUUAAUAAUAUAAAUUAUAAUAACAAAGGACGAAGCACAUACAUUUCCAAAAAUGCUACAUUUAAAAACGAUUCUACUGAAAAUAAUAUUUUCGAUUUAAACAAAAAUAGUAAUAAUAAAAUUAUAAAUGAAAACAUGUACUUACAAAAGGAGAUUAAAAAAACUAUUAAAAAAGAAGAAGUUAAAGAAAAUAGUUCAACCCCAAAAAAUUUAUCAAGUCUUAUUGUAUCAUUAUUAUAUUGCUUAUAUAAGCCAUAUUUAUACAAAACUGGUAAAAGAAAAAAUGGCGCUACUACUAAAAAUAGACAAGAUAAAAAAGGCCUUUUGAAAAAUCGAUCUUCAUUAGAAAUGGAUGAUAAUAUAUUUAAAGAUAAAUCCGAAUAUAAAAUAAAAAAUAAGCACUUAAUUAAAAAUGAUAAUUAUAGUGGCAUGUUUUACAAUUGUGAAAGUGAUAAUAAAUCAACAAAUUCUAUAAUUUCCACAGAUUUAGAGUUAAGGAACGAAGACGACCAGCAUAAAGAAAUUGAACAAAUUAAUAAAGAUAGUCAAUCAAGUCAAAAUAGAAUAUCUAUGAGUAUAGAAAAAAUUGAAUCAACUAGCUCCAAAAAUUUUAAUGGACAGAAUGCUAUUAAAGAAAAGAAACAUUAUUUAUCCAAUAAAAGAGGAAAGAAAAUAAAAAUUCGAUUCUGCGUAAAUAAUAUAUGUUUAAAAACACGGCAAUUAAAUAAUGAACACAUAUUAACAUUAAAUAUAUAUGAUUUAAAUUAUUAUUUAUAUACCUAUCUUUAUAAUUAUACCUUUUUUUUCUACAAUAAUAAUGAGGAAGUGAGCUUUUAUCUAAAUAAAAAUGUCAAAGAGAUAAAAUUUGAAGGCAUGUAUCCUUUGGAAGAUGAAAAAAAAAUAAACAAAAAUAGAAAUAAAAAUAUAUGUAUAGAUACAAUAUGGUAUGAAUAUUCAGAUUCAGAUAUGAAGAAUAAUAUUGCUAAUUAUAAUAAAAUGAUAAAGGAUGAAAUUCAAAAAAAAAAAGAAAGAAAAAAAUCCAAACAAAAAAGAAAGAUGCUACAAAAUAGCAAAAAGACAAAUUUUAUACAAAUGGAAUUAACAUUUAAAACAAGCUUAAGCACAUAUGAUAAUAUGUAUAAUGUGCAUGAUAAUAUAAUAAAUCCAAUUACAAUGACAUUAUUAAUAAAUGAAGAAUUCAAGCACUUUCCUAUUUUAUAUGUAAAUUUUUAUACAACCAGUAUAAACUUAAAUAUCACAACAUCCUUUUUAUAUUUAUAUAAAUAUUUAUAUUACAACUUAAAUUUUAAAAACGAUGUGAAUGAAGUUAAAAAUUCAAAUAUAGAAAUUUAUAAUGAUUUGCAUUCAGAAAUUAUAAUUUUUUAUAAAACAAGAACAAAAAAUAAUAAAUACACAUGGAAAUUAAAUAUUAUUAACAAAAAUGAAUAUCAUAAAUUUCCUUGUGAAUGUUUAUACUUUUGUAUUAAUAAAAAGAAAGGAAAUAAAGAUGUAAAUUCAGAAUAUUUUAGAAAUAAUAAAAAUUCAGACGAUUUUAUAAUAGCAAAUGAAAAUGAUCUAAGUAAUGUAUUUAAAGAUAUUAGUCAAAUAGGUUUUAAAGAACACCAUAUAUAUAACACUAUAGCUAAGGAAGAAAAAAAAUUAUUAUAUGAUAAUACUCAAAAUGUUUAUGACAUUUUAUAUCAGUUUUCUCAUAAAAUGCCUUUUCUAUUUAGAAAUUUGAACUAUGAUAAUAAAAUUAUAAAUAUUAUUAAAAAACAAUCAUCAUGGAUAUAUAUAGGAGUUCUAUAUACUGACGAUUUAUAUUCCAGAGCUUAUAAAGUUCCAAAUGUUAAACACAAAUUGCUCGUCGAACCAGAAAUAAUACGAAAUACAUGGUGUCUUUCUAUUGGUACAUGUAUACAGAUAGAAAAUAAUACAGGUUUAUGCUUCCGAAUUUACAAAGAAGGUAAAACAAAAUAUUUUUCUGGGGUUAAAUUUAAAUGGAAAUUAAGAAGAAAUAAAAAAACAGGAGGAAAUGAAAUAAAAUGGGGAGGAUCCGAAUGUGAUUUUGAAAGUACCCAAUUUGGAGAAAAGAAAAAAAAUAGCAAAUUCAAAAAAAAUGAUAAUUACAGUAACAAAAAUAUGAAUAUGUUUAUUAUGCAACGUGAGAAGAGAAAAAAAAAAGAGAAAAAGUUAAAAAAUGGAGACUAUAUUAAUGUAUUACCAUUUAGUAAAAGAGCUAUUCCAUUAUUUUGGUUAUAUGAUUGUUCUUUGCCCUAUAUUAAAAUUUUGAGAAAAAAAGAAAAGAAUGAUAAUACGAAAAAAACAAAGAAAAAUAAUAAUGAUGAAAAUAUAGAUAUAGAAUCUGUACCAUUUCAUAUAUUAUAUAAAUUAUUAAAUAAAUACUCACUAAAUAAUAACAAUUUAUAUCAAAAAAAAUUAAAUAUAUCUCCAUCAGAUUUAGUUUUUAAGAGCUUAUUAAUGUUUUAUUGUUAUGUUAAGGUAAAAGAUGUUCCUACUCAACAUAUAAAAGAAACGUCAUAUAGUUACUCAGUUGUAAUAGAACCAAUGGUUACAAUUAAAAAUAAUUUACCAAAUCCUAUGACAAUUAUAAUAUCUUGGAAAAAAGAAAAAAAAUUAUUUAAUAUUAAUAAAAAUAUUAUUAAAAAAAAAACUGUAUAUCCAAAAAAAUUAAUGUCUAAAAGCAAUUACGAAAUGAAUGACGAUGUAGCAAAAAUAUUAAAAAAAGAAGAAUUAUAUGCUUUAGUUUUGCCUCAUCAUUAUUGGUGUCUUCCUAUAUGUACACAAUUAUUUUACAUGAAAAUAUUUUAUCAUGGUGUGCAGAUAGAAAAAAUGAAUUUUAUUUGUGAUUAUACUAAUCAAGUAAAAACAUAUUUUGAUUAUUCUAAUGUUAAGCUACCUGAUUUGAUGGAAGGACUUUAUAGUAAUAAUAUUAAAAAUAGAAUUAACUCAGAAAAUCAUGAUAAGGAAGUUUACUAUCAAAAAGGAAACACAAAAAUUGCAUAUAAUAAUUCGGGUCUUAAUGUUGUAACUGACAAUAACAAUAACCGAUCUAAUGAUGUUCAGAAUAAAAAUAGACUUGACCAUUCGGUUGAAGAAGAGUAUGCAUCGAAUAAUGGCGAAGAUAUGAACAGAAAUAUAAAUUAUUUGCAAUACAAAAAAACAAAUUAUCAAUCUAACAUAGCUAGGAAUAGCAUUUUAAUGCAUUAUAAAAUUAUAAACUAUUUUAACAAUGGUGAAAAUAAAUAUAAUAAAAAUGAUUCUAGUGAUAGUGGUAAUAGUAAUAAUAGUGAAUAUGGAAUGAAUUUAUAUGAUAAUAUAAAAAAUAUACAAAUGCUUGAUUGUAAUGAUGAAAUAAAUAAUAGUAAUAACUUUUUAUAUGGCACUGAACAUUUUUUUCCUAUAUACAUGCCCAAUGCAGAUACUAUUACUUCAACAAAAGUAUUAUUUCAUAAAUAUGGUUUGAUUGGAAAUAUAUUUACACAUGAUGAAUUAAAAUUUAUAUAUUUUGAAAAUAAAAUAAGCCACAUGAAUAAAAAAAUAUAUGAUAACCUUCAUGUUUUUAAAACAAUAAAUAUAUCAACUGACAUAUCUAGAAGAAAAAUAGAUUUUUAUUUCCCAUUUUUCUUUGAAAAUACCACAAAUGUGUGCAUAUAUUUAAAUAACAAAUUAUUACCACCUAAUAGCCGUUUGUAUAUGACUGAAGAAGAGGCAAAAAAUAUUCGCAUAAAAUCUUAUAAGCAUGAUAAUAUAAAUAAUAAAAUAUUAUGCAGUAAUGUUACUGGCAAGAUUGAUUGCACCAAAACGAAUGUGACAAGACCUUUAAUCAAUUUAAUAUAUAGAAAAAUUAACCGUAAGCAAAAGGUACGAUUUUGGGGGAAAUAUGAGCAAAUACGAAAAGGUUAUGAAAACGUUAUUAAUUUAAAGAGCCAUCAAGAAAUCGAACAAAAUGAAAUAGACAAAAAUGAAAAAAACCAAUACGAAAUAAAGGUAUUAGAAUACGUAGAGAAACCAAAUUUGGAAGAUAAUGGCGAAACAAAUACAGAAAAUAAUUUUGUUAAUGCAAACUCUAGUAUUCUAAAUGAUUCUUGUGAAAUUAACACAUUAGACAAAAUAAACAAAAAUGAUCUCGUUGAAAAAGAAAGACAGUGUACCAUAAAUGAAGAGAAAAACGAAGAUAAGGAAGAUAAUGCAGAAAAAAUUUACUUAGAUAAAAAUUAUGAAGCUGAAAUUCCUUUAGAUCAUUUACAAGAUUCAUUCUUUAAUUCAAAUAAUAAGAAAGAUUCAUAUAAUCCUCGGGACUCCAAUUUCUCAGACAUUUCAGAUGAUACAAAUAGAAGCAUAGAAAAAAACACCGAAAGAAAAAAAAGAUCAAAAAAACGUGACCGUUAUAUAAAUCCAUUUAAAACAAUUCUGAUAACUAAAAAAAUAUUAUUUGCAGAUAAAAAAAACAAAAAAACAAAUGAAAGCGUAGAAGAAUUAAGGUCAUUCGAUAGAAAAAAAAAAAAGAGAUUUACAUUAUUUAAAAUGAAAACAUUAAAAAAAAAUAAAGUAAAUGAUGAACCGAAUGAUGAGUUUAUAGACGAUUUUGCAGAACAAGACAUAUAUGAAAGAAAUGAGGAAGAUUUGGAAGACAGUGAUUAUGAUUAUGAUAAUACAAUAAAACAAAAAAAUGAAAAAGAGAAAGAAAAAGGAGAGGAAAUAGUAACACCCAAAAAAAAAAAAAACAAAUAUAAAAUAAGUAAUAUAACGAAAUACAAAAUUAUAUUGAACAAAAAAAAGAAAAAUAAAAAAAGAAGCAUACUUUACAAUAAUAAUUACUCCACUAAGCAGCAUAAAGACAAAUCUUUUAAUGCAGAAAACAAUAGUUAUAAAAGUGAAAUAAUAGGAUCAUUUAUUUCUGAUAACGAAAAGGAUUAUGAUAAUUUUCAAACGUCCAAUUUUAAAUAUAAUAUAUCAAAUUUGUUCAAAGAAAAUGACGAUAUUAUAAACGAUGAGGAGUAUGAUGAAGAAAGAAAUCCAGAAGAAAAAGAAAAUAGCGAAAGAGGUGAUGAAAUGGGUGAAAGCAAAUAUAUGAUAAAUGGUAUGAGCAAGAUUAAAAAACUUAAGCGAAGCACACUUUUGAAGUUUAAUAUGAUGAAAAGAAAAUUUAAAAAUAAACAGAUUCUAUGGAAAAAAGGGGAACCAGAUAAAAGCCAAAUAGAAAAUAUGGAAAAUAUUUACGAAAAAACAAAUACCAAUGAAAAAAAUUCAAUAAAGGAAAUGCUAAAAUUUUCAUCUCCGUUUAACAUCAAGAAAAAGAAUAAAUGGAAUAAUAGUAAAAAUUAUGACACUUCAUUAAAUAAUAAUGAUAUGGAAUCGAACAAAAUAGAUCGUUCUAAUAGUAUAUUAUCCAGAAAAUUGAGAGAUAGUAAUAAUAAUUUUAAUAAAGGGGAUGAAAAUGAAACAAAGCUUAUUUUAAAUAAUAAUAAUAGACAUAGUGAAAUAUCACAUGUUAAAUUUGAGGAUAGCGAAUUAAACAAUAGUUGGAAUAAAAAAGAAGACAACGAAAAAUGGGUAGAUGGAAAAAAUUCAAAAAAUAAUAUUGAAAAUGUAGAUAUUUCUCAAAAUAAUAAUAGGUCACAAUUAACUAGUGUAAAAUUACCAUUUAAAUAUAUAGAUAGAAAUAAAUCCGAAAGAAAAAGGUUUAAAAAGCAAAAUGAUUAUUAUGAGGAUGGAGGUGCUUCUUUAGGAAUUUGUGUAAGAUAUGCAGAAGAGCCUUUUAAUAAAUCGAGAAUUGUUACAUUCGUUAAUAGCUACAUUUUUAUAAAUAGGUUGCCAUUUGAUGUUAAAAUAGUGGCAUCUAAUCCUAGAGGAACAAAUGAUGUUUAUGUAAAUUCAAAAGUACUGAAUGAGGACGAUACAAAUAAUUCCAUAAAAAAUAUGGAAUUAUCAAAUGUAAAAACCUGUAAUUAUAAUAUUAGCAAUUCUAGCAAUGUGUAUGAUAAUAAUUCAAAAAUAAAUAGUGUCAAUGAGUUAGCAGAUAAAGAUUUAUAUUCCAAUAAUUCCAAUUAUAUUAAAAGUAAGGAUAAUGAUGUGUAUUUAAAUAUUCAAGACCAAAGCUUACGUGCAAGUUCAUGUAAAUUUGAAGAUAAACAACUUAAAAAUGAUAUGAAUUAUAACAAUAUGGAUAAAAAUUUUAGCAAAAACAGUAAAACCGAUUUUUCAGAAAAUGAAAUACUGAAAGAAAAACAUAUAAGUAAUGAUAAUAAUAAGAAUAUGGCAAUUUCGGAAAUUAUUGGUGAUGAUAAAAAUAAAGAAAUGGAUAAUAACAAGGAUCGUCAAUAUAGUAAUAAAUCAUUAGUACUCUCAAAUAAUGAAACAUAUAUAAAGAGUGGAGAAAUAUCCUCAUUUCAUUAUCAUAGAAAUUAUUUACAAAUAAAAGACAGUCAUGGUCGCUAUAGUUCUUUGCCAUUUUCCUUAAUUCCUAAAAAUGUUCCUGCGAAUUUCCAAAUAGAAUUACAUAAUAUGAAUAAAUCACAAUUGGAUAACACAAAUAAUUUAUUAGUAGAAGUAAAUGUUUGUAGUGGAUUAUUCGGAGAUAAACAACAAUUACCUUAUACUUAUAAUGGAUAUUUUUAUAUUCUUACUUUACCCGUUAGACCACAAUUUGAGAUCAUAAAUACUACUAAAUAUAUGAUAGCAUACUUAACACAGGUCAAUAGAUAUACAAAAAAAUUAUAUUUGAAUAAUAAUUAUGAUACAUAUUUAAAUAUAAAAAACAAAAAUAAUGAUUCAUCUGUAAAAAUUGUUUAUCCAUAUCGAUCUACUUAUUAUACUUUACGGCAUAAUAAUGAGAUAGAAUCUUCAAAAAUCGCUCUUAAAGUUGUAGGAACUCAAAAAAGUGCUUGGACAGUUAAUCCUAUUAACUCAUUUAUAGAUAAUGUAAUUUCAUUGCCAUAUAAAAUAUGUGAAGAUAAUGAAACGAAUUUUAUAUAUCCUCGAAAAAAUAGAUAUGCUGAUAUUAAUAGUGCUAAGAAACAUAUGAAUGAAUCACAAACAGGUAAUUUUUAUAAUAAUCUCAGUAAUUUCCAUUUAAAAAGUGCUAGCCCAAAUAAUAUGAAAAAUAAUAUGAAUGGAUUGAUUAUGAGUAAUGAUAAUGCUAGUAGGAUCAGUAAAGAAUGUAUUAAUAAUAAUAAGGAAAUGAUUAGAAGUAUAAAUGCUGAGGAUGAUAAUAGUUAUAAUAAAAAUACAGGUCAUAAUAAUAAAAAUAAUGAUGAUAAUGACAUUUUGAAAAGUAAUAAUACAAAUACAAUCAAUAGAUUUAAUGAAUAUACAGAAAAAUUCGAUGGUAUAGAUCAAAUUCAUAAUUCAGCCCAUAAUACAAACGAAAUAAAUUUCAACAAAUUUUAUUAUAAAAAAAAUAGCGACAUUGCAAAUCAGAAAAUGGUAUCCAAAAAAUUAUAUUCGUUUUUAAUCAUAAGGGAUAAUGGAAGUAGAGCUAUUGUUAUAACAGAAAAUUAUAAGUUAGCUAAAAAAAUAGUAAUCACAAAAAACUUUAGCAAAAUACAUAAAUUAAUCGAAUUAAAUAAUAGGAAACAAAUAUUGCUGUCUAAUAAAAAUGGUAGUAUUAAUAAGAAAAAAAAAUAUAUUAUGGACUAUAAAAAAAUGAAUUUUGUAUAUUUUAAUUUUCCAAAUAUUCCUAUUAUAUAUAAUAUAAAUAUCCCGAGAUUAACUAUUACUUGGAUACAUAGACAAGACGUAAUAAUAGCUAUGCAUUUGACAAAAAUAAAAUAUAGUAGCCAUAUUUAUCGAAAAGAAAUUAUGAAUAGUAAUAUAAAUAAAAUGUUUACACCAAUAAAUAUUUUACACAGAAAGGAAAUAGAAGAAUAUUUUCAACUUGGAUUUUUAAAUAGUAAUAUAGAUUCGAUUUUUAUGAUAAAAAAUAUACAUAUUGACCAUUUUGUAAAAGGAGAUAUUCCAGUUAUAUUAAAAAAUACAAAUAUAGAAGACAAUGAAGAUGUAUUUUUAUAUAUGCAAAUGCAACAAUAUUGUGUGGAUUUUCAUAAACAAGCGCCAAUUUAUCAAAGCAUUAAUAUUAAAAUAUCACCAUUAAAUGCAAAUAUUGAAUUACUGGUUAUAGAACAAAUAAUAAGAAUAAUAGAAAACGAAAAACAAUUAUUACUUCUAUACGAAAAGGAAGAUAAAUUAUUACCACCUCUCAUAUCUACAUCAGAAAAUGCUAAAGAUGCGAUUGGAACUACUUUGAAAAUAUACUCUGAUAAAAACUUUUUAAAAUUAUUAUAUAUGAAUGAUAAUAUAAAGACUAUCGAGGGAAAUGAUUUAACAUCUUUAAACAACAACAAAGCAACAAAUAAUAGCAUAAUUAUGAACAAAUUAAACCAAGAUAAAAAUAAUUAUACGGUUUUAGUGCGAAAUAAAAAGAUAACAGAAAACAUAGAAGCAGACAUAAAACCAAAUGUAUAUUCCUAUUAUUUUAGUUCACCUAAAGAAAAAAUGUUCAAAAAAAAUAAUAUAAUAAAUUUGAAUAACAGUUCAGACAAUAUUGAUUCAGAUGACUCAACAAAUAGUUCUAAUCACAUUAAUUCACAAGAAACUAAUAAAAAUAAAUAUAAUAAUGCAUUAUAUAAAAAAAAUUGCAAAGCAUUAUUAGGGUAUUAUAAAUAUAAAAAAAUCCAUAAUUUAAUUAAUAAUACUUAUUAUAAUAUCAACAAUAUAAGUGAUGAACGAUUAUUACCCAUAAAAAUCCAAUAUUUCAAAAAUCAACAAAUUUUUAUGAAUACUUUUUCAUCACAUUUAUUUUUGCACCCUAAUCCAAGGUGGGUAGACAAUAAAGUAAGUAAACCAGUAUAUAUAAAAGAACUUAAAAUACACCCUAUAGAAAUAAUUGCUUCUAUUAGAACAUCAGAACAUCGAAUAUCUCGAAGAAUAUUACAUAUUGUGGACGCAUUGCCAUUAGAUACUCCCUCUAUGUGUAUACAUUUAAUAUCCCAAAAAAGAAGUUAUAUGGUUUGUACAUGGAAUAGCCUUGUUCAAUCAUUAAAGGUAACAUAUUUUAGACAACUAUUGAGGCAGUCAUUACCUAGUGCAUGGUUAUCUAACCCUUUUGCAUUUAUUAAAGGAUUUAUUAAAGGGUUAUAUGCUUUAUUUAAAGAAACAAUAAGAGGAGUUAAAAAUAGUUCUAAUUUUUUUGAUGGAUUUAUGUCGGGUUUUAAGUGUGGUAUAAUCAUAUUAGUUGUUAAUACUAUUGGAGGAUUAUUUCAAUCAUUAAGUCAUAUGGUAAAUGUAUGUCAUAAAAUAAUGGGAGGUUCUAGGCCAAGACCAUCAAGUAUUUUAGAUUCAGUAAUAUUAGGAUUGGAUGGAUUGAUUCUUGAUACAUUUUAUAGACCAUGGGUUUCAUUAUUUACUGAACCACAAGUUUCUAUUAAUAAAGGAAAUAGCACAUUAAGGACAAUAUGCAUCGUAAUUGUUUGUAUUCUUAGAUGUAUAUUUUCACCAGUUUUUGGAUUAUUAAAUUUUUUUGCAUCUAUAACUGAAGGAUUUUCAAAUACAUUAAUAGGAGAUUUCGAAAGAUUCUCUAGGAUACAAGAACGAACAGAAUUUGAAACAGAAAAAGAGCCGACACGAAUGGGAAUUAUACGAAAGAAAAAAAGUAUGAAAAAACAUAGAAAAUAA